UUACAGCAGCCUUAAUAGUCACACCACUACAGCACCAUGUCUGGCAACAUCAAGAUUGUCUCUGUGGCAAUUAAUCCUGUCAACAAGAGUGGAUAUUUCACCAGUGGUGAUCAGCUCACAGGACAAAUCAGUUUACAACUGGAUGGUGACUCUAAAAUAAACUCACUGAGCAUCAAGAUGAAGGGAAAAGCAGAAGUGCAGUGGACCGAGCAUUCUGGAAGUACUUCAGUGACUUACUAUGACAAGCAAAAGUACUUCAGUGUCACGCAGUUUAUUAUUCCAGAAGAACAAGGGAAUAACAUGGUUCAACAGGGCAGCCAUGUCUAUCCAUUCACUUUCCAGAUACCAGAACAAGAACUGCCGUCCUCUUUUAGAGGCGCUCACGGAAAGAUCCGGUACACAGUGACAGCAGUUCUGAGCAGACCCAUGAGACUGGACAGUAAAGAUAAGGCAGAGUUCACUGUUCUCCACAGAGGAAACCCAAACACUGAUCCGUCAUUGAUGACUCCACAGAACUGUAUUGUUGACAAGAAAAUGAAACUUUUUACAUCGGGAACCGUGGGAAUGGAUGUCAAUAUUCCACAAAUAGGCUACAAACAAGGUGAGGGCAUAACAGUUGUCACCUCCAUUCAAAACAAAUGCUCUCGUGCUAUUCGACCUAAGUACUGUUUGUACAGUAAGUACAGCUACUUCGCAAAAAGGAAAAGAAAAGUCCAAACCAAAGACAUUCUUAAAGAAGUUGGGGAAGAUGUUCCACCCUCUGCGGGUCAGACUGUCACCAGGAUCAUAACAAUUCCUCCUUCCAUGCAAGUGUCCGUUUUAAACUGCAACAUCAUCAAAGUCGAAUACAGGCUCAGGAUAUAUUUGGAUGUCAAGUAUGCUUCAGACCCAGUGAUCAAAUUCCCCAUCAUCAUCCUGCCUACUCUGGAGGCAUGUGAUGAAGAACAGCCCUCUGCAUAUGCUGCUUAUGGAUUUAAUGUUUUUGGAAAUGUUGAUGUGCCAGGAGCAACCAGCUUCCCACCAAAACCUGCAGCCCCAGGCCCAUAUGGCCCACCACCACCAUAUGGUACAUAUAACAUGUACCCCAUUUUGAAUGGGUUUGAUUGGACUAACUAGGUACUCAGCACCUAGCUCUGUCAAAGACAUCGGGCCCUACACGUUUACCUUGAUGUCAAAUGUUCUAGAGACCCAGAAAUAAAAUUUCCAAUCACCAUCCUGCUGCUGCUUCCAUGGACAAUGGCCCUCCAUCCUGGACCUGUGCACUUCCUUCUGCACCUCCACAUUAUGAGGCUCCACCUCAAUGGCAACAACAAUGACAGGACGGAGAAGAAGUCAUGUUAAACAAGAGCGUUUUAAAAAGACACAUAUUGAUGUCUUUUAUAAAGAGUGGAUGCCUUUACUUUUCAUUGCUGUUCUUGUCCUCUCAACACGUACAUGAAAGAACAACAACAAAGUUAUUCCACUUUUUUAACAUGUUACUGUAUUAAAUAAUUUAUUAAAUAGUCUUUUUUAUCAUAAAAUAUAAAUUAUCACUAUGGUCCAUAACAUUUGCUUCUAUAUAAUGGGGAUAGCAUUUACAUUUACAGUAUGAAUAUUAUUAAGAAUUUUAAUAAUUGUGAUAACCAUUUUUGCCAAUUUCCUCCUGUGUUUAUAAAACUAAAUCAAGUGUUUACUUUGCUAUUGUUAUUUAUUUAUCCUUUACACAUAUAAAUGUAGUGAUCAGGAAAACAUUACAUGGAGUCAUAGUAGCCAUAGUGCAGAUCACCAUGUUCUUAGUGGGUUGCUUUAGUUCAUCUCCUUCUGACUAAUAAUUACAGUAGUUCCCAGUUGGCCUAUAAUGCAAUACAUUUUCAUAUAUACUCUUUGGAUUAUAGUGAGAUUACAUAAGCAUCCUGUAAUUAUGUUCUGUUCGUAGUUGUCAUGUCUGUCUGUUUCCUUUUCCUGCUGUGUGGGGUUAUCUGUGGGAUCACACUCACCUGUUGGUAAUUAGCUUCACUUGUGUCACCUGGUGCUCCCUGUGUAUAUAUACCCC